ACUUUAUCUGGCCGUGUUGCUGUCAUUCAAACGUCACAACAACAAAUAGAUUUGUAUUUAAUUUAGAGCAACGGUACAUUCAUAAACAAAUCGUAGUGAAGCGAAUCGAUCGGAUUAAGUUGAGUUAUAAUAAGUGCGAGUGCAUCCCUUCGAAAUGGCGGCCUUGCCGCCUAGACGUAACCCUACGCCGACGAAGAUAUCCAAACAGCAUCUGACACCAUUGCAGAUUCUCUUGCAGAUGGGAUUUCCUAAACACAGAGCGGAAAAAGCAUUAGCUGCCACUGGCAAUCGAGGAGUCCAAUUGGCUUCUGAUUGGUUGCUUGCUCAUGUUAAUGAUCCACUCCUUGAUGAUACCACUCCUAGAGAAUAUAUUCUUUAUGCCUGCCCAGUGGGUUCUUUUCUGGAUGAACUUCAACAUUUUUGGGAGGCAUCGUUGAAUCAUUGUGGAUGGAAUGGGGCACAUAAUUUCACUCCACACAUUACUCUAGUUUCAUUUUUUAAGGCACCAGAUGAAGAUUCACUCCAUUUGGCCCAAAUGUUAAAGACUGUUAUGGAAAAACAAGGUGCCAUGAUAAGUGAACCACUCAAACUAGAAACAUAUACAUCCCCGAAUUUUAUGGGAUUUUUUGUGUCUGAGGAACACGCUGAUUACCUAAAACGUAUUGCAAUGCAAUAUGUUAAGGAAGUUUCUAAUGCAAUUAUUAGUGAAACGUAUGAACACAUUGAUGCAUUAACCGCUUGCUUCCCAUGGUGUUCGACUACAACGGCUAGAUGUAUACCGAGGGGCAGCCGAUCAAUUAGUUUAGAACCACACGUUAAAUCACUGCAUUUGACACUUGCAUACCAAUUUCAAAAUUCUCAGUUUGCAAGUUUAAAAGAUACAGUUGACAUGUUGGAUCCCAGCUUAAGUUCUACUUGGGAACUUCGUUUAUAUUCUAGGGAUCCACGUGUUAAUGGUAAACAAGUUCAUAAAGUGGUGCAUCCAUAUGUGCCGAUAGAAAAUGAUGAGUUAGAAUUACGAGCAGGCGAUUAUGUUUACAUAAAUAGUGAUGCGUUGACCACCACUCCGGAUGGCUGGGUAGAAGGUACUUCCUGGUUAACGGGACAAACUGGUCUGUUGCCGGCUAGUUACACGCAACGUACGGCAGAAUCUGAUGCAUGGACGUUGCAUAAAAAAGUGUCCCUCACACAUAUUCCGGAAGACGACGAAAGCACACGGAAAAGUACUAAUUGUAAAACACCGAUUGUAAGUAGUUCCGACGACGAUGAGAAAUCAACGGAGAUAAUGCGCAGUGUUAGUGAAAAUUUGACAGAAAAUGAUUUAAACAUUGUGCACAAUCCAUCGAAUUUGUUAGAAGUUUGUUCUAAUACUUCCAAAAGUUCCGAUGAAGAUACACAAAAACUGUUUGUAAUGCGUCAUGGCGAACGCGUUGACUUUACUUUUGGUUCUUGGAUUCCCUACUGUUUCGACGCCAACGGCGGAUACAUCCGUAAAGAUCUCAACAUGCCUACGAAUAUUCCAGCGCGAGCCGAUGGACCAAAAGGCUACAUAAAAGACUGCCCAUUGACUAAUAUCGGCCAACUGCAAGCACGACUUGUUGGUGAAGCCCUUUUUGACAGCAAUGUCACCAUUACUCACGCAUAUUCCUCUCCUUCGUUACGCUGCGUACAAACAUGCGAUGCUGUUCUUAGCGGUUUGGGUAUUAAAGACACAGUGAGUAUUAAAGUUGAACCAUCACUUUUCGAGUGGUUAGUGUGGUACCAAGACACGACGCCCAGCUGGCUCACUCCAGACGAAUACCGAACAGCCGGGUUUAACAUUGACGAAAACUAUGAGUCCAUCAUCACGCAACAGGAACUGUUCAAGAAUCGCGAGAAUUGCGAACAGUUCUACGAGAGAAGUCAUCGAGCGACUUCAACGAUAGCCAAGAAUCAUCCAACGGGUAAUAUCUUAUUAGUAGGUCAUGCUGCGACCAUAGAGGUAUGCACACGACAGCUCACCGGUAUGAAUAUUCGCAGUCCAUCUGAAAUGUCGAAAAUAAUUCAGAAGGUACCAUACUGCAGUUUGGUGAUGGUAGAAAAGAAAGUCAACGGUAAGUGGGAGUUGUGUGAAACUCCUUGUCCGCCUAUAACGCAUUCAGGCAAUAAUAGAUUUGACUGGAUGGUCCUACUCUAAACUUGUUUAAAUUUAGUUUUGAUGGAUUUGUAAGUGUAACUUAUUUAGGGCAUGAUAUCUUCUACCUUCAGUGACUUAUAAAGUCGACGAGUGCAGAAAACCGAUUGUUCCCAUAGGCUGAAUUUGUGAACGCUAAGGUUGCGAUUUAAUAUGCAUAUGUUAAAAUGGACCUGCUCAAUGAUUGUUGUUAGCGAUGCUGUUUACUAUAUAAUGCUUAGAAUAGGUGUCAUUAUUCUUCAGAAACUGUAACAACUGAAGCUAUGAUGUGUGACAAUACUCUUAAAUCAUACUCUUGACACAUUCCUUUCUUUGCGCUGAUUGUGCAGUAGGAAACAGUCAAACCGGGAAAUGGUCUUAGAACCAUUAACAUUAACAUGAUACAAAACCGAAUGGACAGCUUAGUUACAAAAUGUUAGUUGUUGAUUACUCAACCAUAUUAAUCAAAAAAAGAAACUGCAUGAUCCUUUACUUUACAUAAUAUUGCUGCGGAACCACUUAAAAAAUCACAAAUUAUAUGAAACUAAAAACAUUAAACUAGCUUUGAUAGAAAGAUACAUAAAUAGUUUAAGAAAUUCAACUAAAAAGACGAUAUUGUAUUACAAAAUUUCAACUUCUGUUAAUAUUUACACAAUGUUCACCUAUAUUUUGACUUUUUUGUUUAGUUUUGUAAAACUGUUGAUUGUUAAAAAUGUUGUUAUAUCUCGGUGUAUUGAUUCCGAAAUUGUUGACUCAUUAACUGUACUGACUUAUUGUUGAAUGUAAUCUGUGCCGUACCACUACCUACAUCAUUAUUAUUUGUUUCGCGCAGACGAACUGUAGAGUAUUGUAUGAUGAUGAGACACAAUUAAAAGUAUUCAAAUAUG